GGCUGUACAAAUUGUAUGGCCGGGUUCCCACUACGCCGGACCGGCAGAUCUGCCGAAAACCGGACACCGGACAGAGUGUUCACAUUACAUCGGAUCCCGGAAGAAAUUCAGACAGUCCUCAGUUGAAUUUGGACCUGCGCGCACAAUGGACGACGAAAUUGUUGUGUUGUGGUGGUAUCUUAAUAGAAGGCAAAAUAAAAGAAAACAUUGGGUACACCCUAUUUUACGGGAAAGAUUUUCACUUGGAACAUUUGAAACAUUAAUGGGUGAACUUAGAAGAGACGAAUCAAAGUUCUUCAAUUAUUUUCGAAUGACAGCAACCACUUUUGACGAUUUACUGGGACGACUAGACAUAAGAGUACGAGAUACAAGUUUCAGAGAAUGUAUUUGCCCAGAACAAAGAUUAGCCAUAUGUCUAAGAUAUUUAGCUUCAGGAUGUUCAUUCAAAGAAAUACAUUACUCAUACAGAGUAGGCGUUUCGACAAUAAGUAAACUAAUAAAAGAAAUGACCCACGUCAUUUGGGAAAACCUAAAGACAGAUUUCCUUAAGCUGCCUGAUACUGAGAGAGAAUGGGAGGACAUCGCUUCAGGAUUCGAAAGAAAAGCCAACUUUCCUCACUGUCUUGGAGCAGUAGAUGGCAAACAUAUCAGAAUUUUGAAACCAGCCAAGAGUGGUUCUAUGUUCUUUAAUUACAAGGAGUAUUAUUCUUUUGUAUUAAUGGCAGUUGUCGAUUCAGAGUACCGAUUUAUUUUUAUUAGUGUGGGCUCAUUUGGCAAGGAAUGCGAUUCUAGUAUAUUAAAGGAUAGUACAUUUUGGCAAAAGAUCAAUGAUGGUACUUUAAAUGUACCAAAGCCUAGACCGCUUCAUGAAAACUUGCACGAAGAAUUACCGUUUAUACUUGUUGGCGAUGAAGGCUUUGCUUUAACACCUAAUCUCCUACGUCCAUAUGGAGGUACACAUUUGAAUACUGAUAAAAAGAUUUUUAACUAUAGACUAAGUCGAGCAAGAAGGUAUGUUGAGUGCGCUUUUGGUAUUCUGGCAAAUAAGUGGCGAAUAAUCCAUCGAGCUAUAGAUCUCAACGUAGACACAGCAAUUCAAGUAAUUAAAGCUUGUGCAGUCUUACAUAAUUUUGUAAGAGAAAAAGAUGGUAUAAAUUUUGAAAGUUACCAAAAUAUAGAACAUAGACAAGAACAAGAAACUACACCCAUGAAUCGAAAUGUGUCGAGUCGAGGUGGCCCUAAUGCCAACGCUAUACGGACAUCAUUUACUAAUUAUUUUGUUUCAGAUAUUGGUUCCGUUCCGUGGCAGGCAGCAGCUAUAAAAUAAAAUUUAUCAAUGCAUUUACAUUUUAUCAAUAAAACAUUAAAAACUCA